UGUCACUUCGAAAGAGGACUGGACCUGUUCGCUGAAACGCUCUUCUCUCCUGCCGCGCACAAACCCUCUUCGCCAUGGGGAGGAUUGGCAAGGAAGUGGCAGGUCAGAUCAUAAGCUUCAUAGGCCUCGUUGGGGUGGCGGUGACCUGCGGGAUACCCAUGUGGAGGGUAACCUCCUUCAUCGGAGCCAACAUUGUGACGGGGCAGAUCAUAUGGGAUGGCCUGUGGAUGAACUGUGUGAUGCAGAGCACCGGGCAGAUGCAGUGCAAGCUGAAUGAGUCUGUCAUGAGGCUGACCCCGGAUCUGCAAGCCGCUCGAGCCCUGGUCAUCAUCUCCCUCGUCUUCGGCUUCAUCGGCUUCAUGAUCACCUUCAUUGGAGCCAAGUGCAUGGGCUGUCUGAAAAAAGAUUCAUCAAAGGCCAAGGUGGUGAUCAUAGGUGGCUGCCUCCUCAUUCUUGCCGCCAUUCUGGUCCUGAUCCCUGUCUGCUGGUCCGCAGCCAUCACCAUCACAGACUUUGAGAACCCCCUGACCAUCGCAACGCAGAGGAGGGAAAUCGGAGCCUCCAUUUACAUCGGCUGGGCCUCUGCUGCGAUUCUUCUCAUCGGUGGGAUCAUCCUUACCACAUCCUGCCCUCCUCAAAAACCUGUUUAUGGAUACCCAGGCUACCCACCGGCACCACUGUACCCUUACGCAGGCCCGGGGACAAACCCAGGGACAUACGCCCCUGUUUACGCUCCCCCAUCCAGCCGACCAUACACAGCCACGGGGACAUAUAUACCAGCCAAACCUUAUGCAGCACCAACCGCAUACUCUCCAAGACAAUUCAUCUAAAAACUGAAAGGACAGACAGAGGAGAAAGACUGAGACUUCUGCCAAACUUUUUUAUGUGAUUAGAAAGUAAAAUUGCACCAAAAUACACCUUGUAUUUUUAGAGAAUGGUAUGUAUUCCAAUAGACUGUUGGGAUUUAAAAUGAAAUCAGUUCAACAAUCACUGUGACCUUUUGAUUAUAAUUAAUCUUUGGUAAAAUGUUUAGAAUUUGAGCUCUAAAGUAGAAAUCUUUUUUAAAUUCUUGAUGUGAGAGGAAUAUUGUGAAGCGUGUGCACUGAGAGUUGUAUUUCAUGAGGAAGUUACUGUCAAUAAUGUAUUUAUUUCUUUGUCAUACAGAGCACAUUUUGUAUAUAGUGAUGAUUUGUUUUUAUGUAAAUGCAACUUAAUUUUUGAAAUUACUCUAAAGAUUUCAAUAAAAAGUUAUUAUAUAUUCAUUAA